CUUUCUUAUUUUUUUUCCCCCCUUUUUUCCCCCCCUCGUGUUUUUCUCCUUCCCCGCUGCCUUUUGGGGUUUUCUCCCGGCGGCUCGUUCCCUGUGCCUGCCCGGCCGUCAUCCCCUCGCCCGCGGCCCCGUCCCUCAGGGCAUGUCCCGGUCCAACAGCGUCAGCCCCCCGGGCUUCGGCGGUCCCGCGCCCUGGGCAGGCACCGAGCAGCACCGCUCGGCCUGGGGCGAGGCGGAGGCCCGGGCCAAUGGCUACUCCUACCCGCCGCCUCCCAACAGGUCCUCGGGCAAGAAGGCCUCCCGCAUGUCGAGCAGGUGGAGGAGCGAGGAAGACUACGAGCCCCGGAGCCGCGGGGAGAGCGGCUGCAGGAUGAUGAGCUUUAGGUCCAAAUCCGCCUGGCAGGAGCACGGUGACGACAGCCGACGUCACCGGUCCCGGCACCCGCCCGGCAGUGAUUCCCCCGCUGCCCCCAACAAUGCCAGCCCCCGGCAGCUGGGGGAGCAGGGGGAGGUACGGCCCCGCUCUGUGGAGUUGGGGCUGGAUGAGAAACGCAUCAAGGCCAAGAUUGAGGAGCUGGAGGAAGAGGACGGGGACGAGGGGGACUCCGAGGCGGCCUUCUCCAUGGGCAGUUGUUGCAGUAGCCUGCUGCAAAUCUUCAGGUCCAAGAAGUUCCAGUCUGAGAAACUGGAACGUCUGUACCAGCGCUACUUCUUUCGGCUAAACCAGAGCAGCCUCACCAUGCUUAUGGCCGUGCUGGUGCUGGUCUGUGUGGUCAUGCUGAUCUUCCAUGCCGCACACGGCCGCUAUGAGGUAUCCUAUGUCGUGGUGCUCUCCCUGGCCAUCGUGCUGAUGGUGGUGCUGUGCAUGGUGUGCAACCGCAACAACUUCCACCAGGACCACAUGUGGUUGGCGUGCUACUCUGUCAUCCUGGUGAUCCUGGCAGUGCAAGUGGUAGGGGUUCUGCUGGUGUGGCCCAGGAGCGCCUCCGAGGGCAUCUGGUGGACCGUCUUCUUCAUCUACAGCAUCUACACGCUGCUGCCGGUGCGGAUGAGAGCUGCGGUCAUCAGCGGGGUGGUGCUCUCCGCCAUCCACCUGGCCGUGUCCCUCAAGAUCAACGCGGAGGAUAAGUUCCUCCUGAAGCAGCUGGUCUCCAAUGUUCUCAUCUUCUCCUGUACAAACAUUGUAGGCGUGUGUACCCACUACCCAGCAGAGGUGUCCCAAAGACAGGCUUUCCAGGAGACCAGGGAAUGCAUACAAGCCAGGCUGCAUUCUCAAAGGGAAAACCAGCAGCAGGAGCGUCUCCUGCUCUCUGUACUUCCUCGACAUGUUGCCAUGGAGAUGAAAGCUGACAUUAAUGCCAAACAGGAAGACAUGAUGUUUCAUAAGAUCUACAUCCAGAAGCAUGACAAUGUCAGCAUCCUGUUUGCAGACAUAGAGGGUUUCACCAGUCUGGCCUCCCAGUGCACUGCCCAGGAGCUGGUCAUGACGCUGAACGAGCUCUUUGCCAGAUUCGAUAAGCUUGCAGCUGAGAACCACUGUUUACGGAUCAAGAUCCUGGGUGAUUGCUAUUACUGUGUGUCUGGGUUGCCAGAAGCCAGAGCUGACCAUGCACACUGCUGUGUCGAAAUGGGAAUGGAUAUGAUAGAGGCCAUCUCGCUGGUCCGUGAGGUUACGGGCGUGAAUGUCAACAUGAGGGUCGGAAUCCACAGUGGCAGAGUUCACUGCGGGGUCCUGGGCCUUAGGAAGUGGCAGUUUGAUGUGUGGUCCAAUGAUGUCACCUUAGCCAACCACAUGGAAGCAGGGGGCAAAGCUGGGCGCAUCCACAUAACCAAAGCAACCCUGAACUAUCUCAAUGGAGACUACGAGGUGGAGCUGGGCUUCGGGGGGGAGCGCAACGCUUACCUGAAGGAGCACAGCAUUGAGACCUUCCUGAUCGUGAGGUGCAGCCAGAAGAGGAAGGACGAGAAAGCCACGAUAGCCAAGAUGAACCGGCAGCGUGCCAACUCCAUCAGCCACAACCCCCCGCACUGGGGCGUGGACCGGCCCUUUUACAACCACCUCGGGGGUCACCAGGUCUCCAAGGAGAUGAAGAGAAUGGGUUUCGAGGACCCCAAGGACAAGAGCACCCAGGAGAGUAUGAACCCGGAGGAUGAAGUGGAUGAGUUCCUGGGCCGGGCCAUCGACGCCAGGAGCAUCGACCGGCUACGCUCCGAGCACGUGCGCAAAUUCCUCCUGACAUUCAGGGAGCCUGACCUGGAGAAAAAGUACUCCAAGCAGGUGGAUGACAGGUUUGGAGCCUAUGUGGCUUGUGCCUCCCUAGUCUUCCUCUUCAUCUGCUUUGUUCAAAUCAUAAUCGUGCCACACUCUACAUUUAUGCUGGGUUUUUACCUGACCUGUUUCCUGAUCCUGACCACAGUGGUGUUUGUUUCCGUCAUUUACUCCUGUGUAAAGCUUUUCCCAGUUCCUCUCCAGACUCUUUCUAAGAAGAUUGUACAGUCCAGGACCAAUAGUACCUUAGUUGGGGUCUUUGCCAUUAUCCUGGUUUUUCUGUCUGCCUUUGUCAACAUGUUCAUGUGCAGCACUGUGGAUCUUGCCAGCUGCAUGGCUGCUGAAUACAACAUCACUCCUGACCGGGUGGACAUUUGCCUUAUCAGCAACCUGACUUCCAACUACAGCCUGGGCACCUUGCAGGGAUUCUGUGACAGUCCUUUGCCCAACUGCAACUUUCCAGAGUACUUUACCUACAGUGUCUUAUUGAGUCUCCUGGCCUGCUCUGUGUUUCUUCAGAUCAGCUGUAUUGGAAAAUUGAUCCUUAUGUUAAUCAUUGAAUUUAUAUAUGUUCUCAUUGUGGAAGUGCCAGGGGUCAACCUUUUUGACAAUGCAGAUCUUCUGGUUACAGCCAACACCUACGUGUCUGGAAAUGAUACAUCCUCAUGCCCCCCAGUGACGACACGAGUCGCGCUGAAGAUUGUGACCCCUGUCAUCAUUACUGUCUUUGUCCUGGCACUGUACUUGCAUGCCCAGCAAGUGGAAUCCACUGCAAGGCUUGAUUUCCUCUGGAAACUUCAGGCCACCGAGGAGAAGGAGGAAAUGGAGGAGCUGCAGGCCUACAACCGACGCCUCCUCCACAACAUCCUGCCCAAGGAUGUGGCCGCCCAUUUCUUGGCUCAGGAGCGGCGCAAUGAUGAACUGUACUACCAGUCCUGCGAGUGUGUGGCUGUCAUGUUCGCCUCCAUUAGCAACUUCUCCGAGUUCUACGUGGAGCUGGAAGCCAACAAUGAAGGGGUGGAGUGUCUGAGGCUGCUCAAUGAGAUCAUUGCUGAUUUUGAUGAAAUCAUAAGUGAAGACCAAUUCCGGCAGCUGGAGAAGAUCAAGACCAUUGGCAGCACCUACAUGGCUGCCUCAGGCCUCAACGACUCCACUUACGACAAGGAAGGCAAGACACACAUCAAAGCUCUGGCAGAUUUUGCCAUGAGGUUAAUGGACCAAAUGAAAUACAUUAAUGAGCAUUCAUUCAACAACUUCCAGAUGAAGAUAGGACUCAAUAUUGGUCCUGUCGUAGCUGGGGUGAUAGGAGCCCGCAAACCCCAGUAUGACAUCUGGGGCAACACAGUGAAUGUAGCCAGCAGAAUGGACAGCACAGGAGUGCCUGACAGGAUUCAGGUAACCACGGACAUGUACCAGGUUUUAGCAGCCAACAACUACCAGCUGGAGUAUCGAGGGGUCAUAAAGGUCAAAGGCAAAGGAGAAAUGACCACCUACUUUCUAAAUGAAGGGCCUCCAAUUAGUUAGCACUGACUGCAGCGCCACACAAAGAUGGAUUUUGCAUUACCCAGGACUGUGAAUCGGAGAAGAAUCACUUUUUGGCAGUGAAGCUGAACGUGCGGUGCAGUUGAAAUUUCAACCCCAUGACUUUAGAGCGGGUAUCAGCAAAUUCUUUGGCCACCCAUCAAGAAAGGCAAGAGAAAGAAACCACCUUGGAGUUGUUCCUGGCUGAGUGCUAAGCUGACCAAAGACGUGCACUACAGAGUUCACAGCUAAGACAUGAAUUCGGCAUUUUUAAAAAGGCUGCUACCACAGGAUGGCAUAAGAAGCUAUUUAAGUAUUUAUUGAUGCAACACAACAUUUACUUGGUUGAAGGAAUGUAUGAUUCACUACAAAGCAUUAUUUUGGAAUGGAUUUGCACUCCCAUAAUGUUUCCAUCCCAUACUGCCAGCUAUUUGAAGUGUACCACUGUGCUUUUAUUAGCUGUUUUGAAUGGGCUUUCAAAACUGACACCCACUGUUGCAGCACACAAAAAGGCCUUUUUAGAAGGGCAUUGGUAAUGUUUUAGUGUGAAAAGACAUUAUAGCCUUGGCCCCCUCUUUUCCCUUCUUCUCCAUGGCUAAAUGACUGCUCUUCUGAGUGGGGCUGGCACACCUGAUGAAGGGGAAGAUCAGGAUAAAGGAAGAUGGCUCUACAACCAUAUUUAUUAAAAAGUCGUCUGUGCUCUUCUUUGGUAUCUAUCAGUUUACAUGGGAAAGACUAGAUGUAAACAAGAGACACUUUGUGGGGGGAACUCCCCUGAAAUUUGUUGUGGGUUUUUUUGUAUUUUUUAUUUUGUAAUAUCAAGAACAUGGAGAUCUAACAGAUAUACCAAAUUCUAUAUUUUGUAAAUUAUAUAUAAAUUAGAAGGCAGGCUGUCCACACCGAGGUGUGGGGGGAGGUGUAUAUAACCUGUAGACUUUUGUGUAAUUUUUUUCUGUGUAAUACUCUGAACACAGACUUGGCAGUUUUCAGAUUAUCACUAUACAAUCAACCAACAACAAACAGGUGAGUUUCCAGGCUGAAUCAGAUGCAUUUUAAAAUGAAUAUCCAGAAAAAUCUACAACCCCAAAGAAGAGGAAAAACCCACAGUAGUUCACAGAAUUGUUCGUGCAGCACUUCAGCAGAGGGUGACGGCUUCCCAAUGGAAACAGGACAUUUGAGUUUUAGCUUCUGAGAUGGUAUCAAACGUGUCAAAAAGAGCUCUAACCAAAUCUUCUAACUCUUAACAGGAGCUCUUAUGAUAAAAGGAAAAAAAGCUCAUUUGAACUUUUAUUUUUAAGAAAUCAUUUUUCAUAGAUGGUCUUAAUAGAAUCCUGCUGAUCUGAGAGUUGUCUGACAUUGUAACUGCCAUGUGACAUUACAAGGAACUAUGUGCUGCAGCAUCCAGUUGACUUUCCUGUAGUAAGCACUUAUUUAAACUGAUUCACAGAUUUUCAAUUUUCAGGAAUUAGGUGAUCUUCAAAAAAGAUUAUGAUGUCAAGUGUGUAUAUGAGGUGGUCGAUCUUAAAAUAGUGCCAUUGAUACUGUGUUGGGCAUCUUUAUCACUAGUUGGGGGGGGUUUCUGAAUAGUUCACUGUUAUCAUUUAUGUACCUUUUCUAACUAUGAAAGAAAAAUCCCUUGAUAUUUUAUUA